AUGUCUGACUGGGAGAGCAGCGGCGACGAGGACGGGGCCGCGCCGGGGCCGCCGCCAUCUUCUGCCGCUGCCGGGCCGCUGUCGGCAGCCUCUCCGCAGACGCGCGCCUGCGGAGGAACCUAUGGAGGAACCUAUGGAGGAACCUACGGAGGAGGUGGAAGCGCUGGGGGGCGGCGGGCGGCGCCGUCGGCCAGCCGCGGAGGGGCGGAGCGGGAGGCUCGAAGCGGUGAAGGCUGCCGUGGCCUGGGAGAGCCGGUGCAGCAGCAGCCGCCGCCCCGAGCCCACUUCGGCCGAGCUGAGGACGUCGUGGCUCCGCUGUGCUUCCAUCUGGACAAAGCCCUGGUCGGGGCUCUCAUAGGUCGGGGUGGAACUAAAAUAAGAGAACUUGAGGAUUCUUCAGGUUCCAGGAUAAAGGUUAUAAAAGGAACCCAUGAAGCUGAAGUAAAGAUUUUUGGCAGCAUUGCUGGGCAAACAAAAGCCAAGUUGUUGAUUGAUGAUGCUGUUACAAGAUCUGGACAAAACUACGUUAGAGGAGGGACUGAGAAAGGAAAAACCUUGGACAUGAUCAAACCUGAAAAUAACCCAAAGAAACCUGUGAUAAACUGGGCUGCUCUUCGAGAAAACAAAGCUAAAUAUGAAGCCAUGAAGUGGGCAGAUUUGCCUCCAAUUGAGAAAAACUUCUAUAAAGAGUCACCAAGUACUGCAUCCAUGUCACAGGAAGAAGUGGAACUGUGGCGGAAAGAAAAUAAUAAUAUAAUUUGUGAUGACUUAAAAGAAGGUGAAAAGCGUGGCAUUCCCAAUCCAGUUUGUAGAUUUGAAGAUGUAUUUGAGCGUUAUCCUGAUAUUAUGGCUAAUAUAAGAAAAGUUGGUUUUCAGAAACCUACACCAAUUCAGUCCCAGGCAUGGCCGAUCAUUCUCCAAGGAAUUGAUCUUAUCGGCAUAGCACAGACUGGUACCGGGAAGACAUUAGCAUACUUAAUGCCUGGAUUCAUUCACUUGACUUCACAGCCAAUAUCCAGAGAUCAGCGUAGGGGGCCAGGAAUGUUAGUCCUUGCUCCCACUCGAGAACUGGCACUUCAAGUAGAGGCAGAGUGUUCAAAGUAUGCAUACAAAGGAAUUAAAAGUAUGUGCAUAUAUGGCGGUGGGGACCGAAAAGGACAGAUAGAUGUGGUUACCAAGGGUGUGGAUAUUGUUAUUGCAACUCCUGGCAGACUGAAUGAUCUUCAGAUGAACAACCUUGUAAAUUUGAAGAGCAUAACGUACUUGGUUUUAGAUGAGGCUGACAGGAUGUUGGAUAUGGGAUUUGAACCUCAGAUAAUGAAGAUCAUAAUAGAUGUGCGGCCUGACAGACAAACUGUUAUGACAAGUGCUACGUGGCCUCAUGGUGUGCGUCGCCUAGCGAAAUCCUAUUUGAAAAAUCCUAUGAUUGUGUAUGUUGGCACUCUUGACUUAGCAGCAGUAAAUACAGUAGAACAGAGAGUCAUUGUUAUCGCCGAGGAGGAGAAGAAAGCUUUCGUGCGAUACUUUGUUGAGUCCAUGAAGCCAAAAGAUAAGGUCAUCAUUUUUGUGGGGAAAAAGCUAACAAAAAAAAUUGUUUUAUUUCAUCCUAGAGCUGAUGACUUAGCAAGUGAUUUUGGUCUCCAAGGAAUUCCAGUGCAGUCACUUCAUGGUAACAGGGAACAGUGUGAUAGAGAACAGGCUUUAGAUGACUUUAAGAAAGGCAAAGUCAGAAUACUGGUAGCUACUGACUUAGCAUCCCGUGGCCUUGAUGUGCAUGACAUUACUCAUGUUUUUAACUUUGACUUCCCUCGCAACAUUGAAGAAUAUGUUCAUAGAGUAGGUCGUACUGGAAGAGCAGGACGUACUGGGGAGGCAGUAACACUUGUCACUAGGAAUGAUUGGAGGGUUGCAUCUGAGCUGAUUGAAAUUCUGCAAAGAGCAAACCAAGUAAGAAUCCAUCUUACUGGGUAG